AUGGACAACGAGAAGAUCUCCAACUUCCUCACCGAGCAGCGCGAUGCCGCGCCCGACGAUCUUCAGCACUACUUCCUCACCUUUGAAGACUACUGGGAGCGGAAGUUAUGGCACGAACUCACGGAUAUCCUCGUGACGUACUACGGCGAAGAGCAGAGCGCGGAGCAGAGAAUACCCAUCUACAACAACUUCAUCAAGACCUUUGCGGACAAAAUAAAUCAGCUGAAGCUGGUCCAGAUCGGCCUAGGCACGGCGGAGCAGUACAAAGACGACAACGAGCGCCUCACCUUCCUCACCACCCUCGCCUCCCGCGUCGACAAGCCCGCCUCCCAAGACGCCUACGUCUUCGCCCUCACCUACGUCGCCUCCGUCCGCCUACGCCUCGGCCAAACCCCCGAAGCCCGCAAAGACCUCGACAAAUGUGAGGCCGUGCUCGACACCUUCGACAGCGUCGAGACCGUCGUGCACGCCUCCUUCUACCGCAUCAGCGCCGACUACUACCAGUCCCAGCAGGAAUUCGCCAACUACUACCGCACCACUCUGCUCUACCUCGCCUGCGUCGACCUCGACGACCUCUCGCAAACCGACCGGCAGCGCGUCGCGCACGACCUCGCCAUCGCCGCGCUGGUCUCGGAUACCAUCUACAACUUCGGCGAGCUCCUGCUGCACCCGAUCCUCGACAGCCUGACCGAUACCCCGCACGCCUGGCUCCGCGAGCUGCUGUUCGCGUUCAACCGCGGCGAUCUCCAAGCCUACAAUAUCCUGCAAGCGCACAGCGAAGCCAACGAGCUGCUGCAGCAGAACCAACAAUUCCUCUACCAGAAAAUCUCCCUCUCCGCCCUGACGCAGCUCGUCUUCUCCCGCGCCCCGCAGGACCGCGCGAUGACGUUCUCCACCAUCUCGGAAGAGACGAAAGUGCAAUUGGAUGAAAUCGAGCACCUGAUCAUGAAGGCAUUGAGUCUGGGACUGUUGCGCGGGAGUAUCGACCAAGUGGACGAGGUGGCGCGGAUUUCCUGGGUGCAGCCGAAGGUGCUGGAUCGGAGUGGGAUCGAGGGGAUGAAGACGCGGUUGCGGGAGUGGAGUGGUGGGGUGGAGAAGUUGGGGAACUGGAUCGAGGGGGUGGGGAAGGAUGUUUGGGCGGCGUAG